GUGUUGUUGAUUUAUUUUUUAUUAAUGUUCGUUUGAAGCGUAUUAGAUCGCUCGAUUGUUUCAAGCGGAAUUUUGACACUUGUUCAGGCAGCUGUCGCGCCAGUCUCGGGGCAGACGCCGUGCGGAAGGUAAAUAAUGAAAUCCGUCAACAUUUACUGCAUUAAACAUCCUGUGAAUUAAACUCAACACGGAUGACCGUUCACAACUUGUACAUAUUUGAUCGCAAUGGCACCUGCCUGCAUUACAGCGAAUGGAACCGCAAGAAACAAGCCGGAAUCUCCAAAGAAGAGGAGUUUAAGCUGAUGUAUGGGAUGCUGUUCUCCAUCCGAUCCUUCGUCAGUAAGAUGAGUCCGCUGGACAUGAAAGAAGGCUUUCUGGCGUUUCAGACCAGCCGAUAUAAACUGCAUUAUUAUGAAACUCCUACGGGAAUCAAACUGGUGAUGAACACAGACCUCGGUGUACCGAACUGUAGAGACACACUGCAACAGAUCUACAGCACGCUAUACGUGGAGUACAUCGUGAAGAACCCGCUGUGUGCGCUGGGCGAGUCUCUACAGAGUGACCUGUUCAGCAGUAAACUGGACUCCUUCAUCAGAGCGUUACCGUUCUUCAGCGUCCGCGCCGCCUGACCGCCGCUCCUCCUCAACCACAGCUCCUCACUUAAACAUCUUCACUCACCAAAUCUGUUUGAAUAAACAACUCUUUUUUUUAAAA